CUUUGUUUUUUUGUGCCAAUUACAUUCUUUGCUCUGAUUGCAUUGCCACAUUAAAGCCCGUCAUUGGGUGAGUGACAGUGCCAGAGAGGUCGAUGUGGAUGACACAGAGUGUUUCUCUGCUUGGGACGACUUAGAACGAUAUCGUUUCAUGUUGGUUGGUUAAGUCUUCAUCUGGGGACCACUAGCUCCCAAUCACUUCAAGUCUUCACAUAACAAAUGGAACUCGGUAGGACAAAAUGUUCCUAACAAUUAGAAGGCUGUUAACUUGAUUAUCAUCGCUCAUCUCUGUGGAACUGGAGUGUCUGUGGACGGCAUUCUGUGAAGUACAUUGACAGACAUGGGAUCUAGCGAUUCCCAACCAGAGUACCGACCACCACCACCUCCACCACCACCACCUUUGGUUGAAAAACCAUGGAGGGAGCAGGAAUUUAACACAAGCAUAAAGAAGGAACUUCUAGAAGAAAUCCGAAACUACAAGAGUUUGAUAGUGUCAGUGGAACAGCCCAGAAUCCUCCUGGUUGGGCAGAUUGGAGCUGGUAAAAGCAGCUUCUUCAAUUCGGUGAACAGCGUCUUUAGAGGUCAUGUGAUUAUGCAGGCCACAUCUGGGUAUGGAGACACCAGUGUAAGCAAAAAGGUAAGUGAGGGUUAGAAAGAAGAGCUGUGCUGUACAGACUCUUUAAACCUUUCAGUGUCUCCACCUUAUUUAUUUAAUGCUGUGGGUCACUGCUGGUCACAGCGCCAGAACAGGCCUCAGUAUGGCCUUCAAGUCAUACAGGGUGUGGAGAUUAUGGAACAUAGGACUUGCAAGAUGCAAUGAGCUAUGCUUGUUUGUGCUCUGCUGAAAAAGAUCAGUAGAUCUAAAGCAGUGGAUGCCCUCAGCCUACCACUCUGUCAAUAUUCCUAUCAACAAAGCAGAAUUCAAACUUUAGUGGCACCUCUUAUUUGUGACGUUGUAGCUGCUCUGUUCCCCAAGAAGCACUCCUCUCAUGAAUUCCUGCUGCUCACUUUUCAUUUCAUUUCAAUUUUCCACCAUGGACCACAGGGACAACAGUUUUAACGGUGAGACGCAGAUGUCCCUUUCCCCAGCCACACUUGCCAACUCAUACUGUGGGAUCCCAAGGUGUUCCCAGGCCAUCUGGGAGAUAUAAUUCUCCCAGCUUGCCCCUGCAUCCUAUCCAGGGUUUUCUCCCUGCUGGUCAUGCCUAUAAAAUCUCUGCAGGGAAAUAUAUGUUUCAGAAGUCCAAACCUCCUCAGUUGACUCUUCUCGAUGUGGAGGGUCAGUGGCUCUACUCCGUGCCUCUCCCAGAAGUCUAUGCUUCUUAUCCUAUCUCUAAGGAACAGCUCGGUCAUCCUGAGGGUAAAGGUCAUUUCAACUGCUUGAACAGCUGUUGUUCUGUUAGUUGUUACCCAAAGCUCAUGACCAUAGGUGAGGGUAAGGACGUUGAUCAACAGAUAAAUGGAGAGCUUUGCCUUCUGAUUUAUCUCCUUCUUCCACACUACAGAUUGGUAUAGAGACCAUAUAACUACACUUGCUGCCUCAAUCCAUCUGUCGAUCGCACCAUCCCUUUUCCCCUCAUUUGUAUUCAAGAC